UUCUGAACCAACUCCCGAGGAGGUUAAUAAUGCCAAAAGCAAGUUAAAGCAAGCCCGCGAAAGUAAUAACAAGGAUGAAAUAGUAAAUAUCCUUAACGAGACUGAGGCCAUAACCCAAAAAAGUUCAGACCAAAGUUUAAAACAAGCAAAAGCAGAAACUGAAAAUAAAUUAGGUCAACUAGAUAAAGAAGAGUUGAGAAAAAUUAUCAAAGAAGAAGUAACUAAGGAAUUACAAAAGUUUAAAGUAAAAACUGAUGAUUUAAGUCCACAAAGAAUCAAAGCCCUAGAAAAAUUAAUUUCUGAACUCAAACGAGCCCUUGAAAAAAAAGAUAAAAAAGAAAUAGGAACUAAAGUUAAAAACUUGCGAAACUUUAUUGAUGAUCGUUCCGAUGAAUAUGCUCAAAAUGCUUAUCAACUUCAAAAAGAGGAGGCACAGAAAUGGUUAGAAAAAGCCGAAAAAGACCAAACACAAUCUAGUCAAAACCAGGAAAAUGGAGGAUUUUUUCGCCCAAAUAACCCACUAAUUCAGAAGCAAGUGGUUGUCAAAUCUAUUCAAAGUGAUUUCCAACAAUCUAAAGCGGUUAUUUUUUACAAUUUUCACCAAGUUGAGAACCAAGACCUCUUCAAAUUGAGAAAAGAAUUGAAAAAAUUAAGGCAAGCCAAUGCCUUUAUCUUUUGUCAGGAUGAUGAAUACCAACCAUUAAGUAUUCUUAACCAAUUUAAUAAAGAACAUUCGAGUAUUAAACGAUUUCAAGGUGGCAUUUAUGAGCAAAAGAAAAAAUUAAAUCAGCCCCCGCAGGAAAUCAAUAAAUUAAAUAUGUCAACAGAAUCAGAAAAAAGUAUAUCAGAAUCAGAAAUAAAAUUUAGUAAAGAAUUUAAUAUUCAAGAAACGGCUGUCGUUCAAGCCACAGCCACUGCUCAGGAAGGUGAAAAAGCUGAAGAAAAAAGUAGUAAUGUUUCAGUAAAACUAGUAGAAAUGAAAGAUGCUGGAUUAAGUCCAAUCAAAGUUUACGGAUUAAUUAAAGAGGCCGUUAAAGAAUUAAAGGACGAAGAUAUUAAUAUUAUUCAAGCCAAAAAAAUUACGGAAAAGGAAGACAAAAUUAUCUUAGAAAAUAUUCCGCGAGAUAAAGCCGAAGAAUUUCAAAAAAAAGUAGAAAAAGGAGCCAAAACUUUAUUAACUAAAACCAAAAAGCAACUAAAAGAAUUACCCGAACAAGUCUUAAAGGAAAAAACUGGUUUGGUAGAAAAAUUAAAAAGUAAAAUCCAAUCCCUCGAACAAGGUGAAUAUCAAGAAUGGUUGAUAAAAGAAACUAAGGGAGAACUAAAAAUAAUCCUCGAAAUCUUAAAACAAGAAGAAAAUAGUUUGACCAUUAGUUUUCAUUACGAACAAAAUCAGAAAGCUGAUUUUUGUCACUUACCAAAAAUGACCUCCCGAGGAGAUUUCAUUAUUAAUGGACUAGUUUUUGACUUUCUAAAUAUCCUAAAAACUUUUGAAGUUCCUUUGGAACUUUUGAAAACUUUGUUUGAUGGAGAAAGUUUAAACCUCGAUGAUUACCAAGAAACUAAUGCACUAGAAAUUGGAACUGGAACAACCAGUUUGCCACGAUUUUUAUUUACUAGCAAUAAAGGUAAUCCUUACUUUAACUUAGGAAAGUUAGGUCGAAAAAAAUAUAACCAAAAAACCGACCUAAUUCAACAACUAAAAGGAAAAACUUUAGCCGAAGACUUGCACGAUAACCAAGGCAAAAUAAUUUUGAAAAAAAAUACCGUUUUAACGGAAAUAAAUCUGCAAAAAUUACAGAAUGCACUCCAAAAGAAAAAAAUCAGGAGCAUUGAAAUUCCUUACUCCACUAAUGACUUAUACCUAGUUAAAAUAAAUUCUCCAACCAAUCAAGAAAAGAUUGUUUCAGUGAUUGGAACUGGGGAAAAAUUAUCUGAAGAAAAAACUUAUUUUGACUUGGCAGACUUAAUUUGUGCGGUAGCAGGUUAUAUCAAUCUUCAUCAUGGUUCAGGUAAUACUGAAAAAAGGGAAGAUGAAGAUAAAUUAGAAAACCAAAUUAUUCGGCGAGUUGGCGACUUAGUUCACAACAUUUUUGACAAUAAAUUAGGCAGUUUCUUGCAAGAUAUUGAUAACAAAUAUCUAACUAAUUACCUUUCUCAAUUAAAAAAAGUUGACUUCUUAAAAAUACCUAAUUUACAAGACUUUAGUAGACUUAUCACUCGUUUUUUUAAUUCCUCCGCUUUGGUUCGCUUACAAAAUCAAAAUAAUCCCUUAGCAGUUAUUUCAGAUGGAAUGGUCUCAAGUGUGAUGGGACUAGGAGGACGUAAUUCGGUUAAUGCUACUUUGGCCGCUCGGAAUGUCGAUUCCUCGUUUGGUGGUCGUUAUGACCCAGUAGAAACUCCCGAAGGCCGAAAUACUGGUUUGGUUCGUCGAAUAACAAUUGGAGCCGGAAUAAAUGAUGAUGGACAAAUAACCACUCCCUAUUUUCCAGUUCAGAAUGGGUUAAUUCUGCCCUCCUUAGUUUACUUAACCAGCGAAGAAGAAAAAGAUAAAUACAUUACUCACUUUAAUAUAAAAGUUGAUGAUAAAAACCAGAUUGUGGAAGAAACAGUAUUGGCGAUGCAUCAGGAGAAUUUUGUCCGAGUACCUAAAGAGAAAUUAGAUUUUAUUUAUAGUUCUUUUUAUCACUUAAACUCAGUAACUAGUGCGACCAUUCCCUUUUUUCACCAUAAUGAUGCUACCCGCAUGCUAAUGGCCACCAAUAUGCAACGGCAAGCCGUAACCCUCUUAAAAAAUCAGGAACCAUUAGUUUCCAGUGGAAUUGAAGCCGGACUUCUAAAUAAUUCUCCGCUCGCAGUCAAGGCUGAAGAAAGAGGAGUAGUAGAAUAUGUUGAUAGUUCCCAGAUUAUCGUUAAAGAAAAGAAUAAGGGGGGGAAAACUUACCAAUUAGAGCAAUUAGUAGUUUCCAACAAAAAUAUUCUUAAUUUUUCUUUCCCAUUGGUCAAAAAAGGUGAUAAAAUUGAAAAAGGACAAAUGUUAGCCUACGGAAAUUACGCUAACCAUGGAGAAUUAUCGUUGGGCUAUAAUUUAAGGGUUGGUUUUUUUUGUUUUGAUGGUUAUAACUAUGAAGAUGGAUUUGCUAUCAGUGAAAGAUUAGUUAAAGAGGACAUUCUUACUUCCUUUUUUGUCAAAAAGCACACGGUUAUCCGUCACGAUACCAAACAUGGUCCUGAAAUAUUCACCGCUUCCUUUCCCCGUAACGAAAAAAAACAAUUUCCGCACUUGGAUAAAAAUGGGAUUGUCAAAAUUGGAAGUCGAGUCAAAGGUAAUGAUAUUUUGGUUGGUAAAUUAACCCCUGAACCUAGUCUCCACAAAGAAACUGAAGUAGAAUUACUACUAAGGGAUAUUUUGAAAGAAAAAGCCCAACGAUUUGUUAAUUCUUCGCUCCGAUUGCCAGCCGAGGAGGAAGGAAUAGUUUACCAAAUUAAAAGAAAAAAACUCACUAAAAAUAAAAAAAAGUUAGAAUCAGUAGAAGUUUAUGUGGCUCAGAAAAGAAAAAUAGAAAUUGGAGAUAAAUUAACUACCCGGUUUGGUAAUAAGGGAGUAGUUGCUAAAAUUGUACCCGAAGCCGACAUGCCUUUUGAUGAAGAAGGGAAACCACUGGAUAUAAUUUUUAAUCCGCUUAGUGUUCCUACCCGAAUGAAUAUAGGUCAAUUAUUAGAAACUGUAUUAGCUUCGGCUGCCCACCAACUCAAUAUUAAACUGCUCUGUCGACCUUUCAAUUCUCCUUCUCCGGAAGCAAUCAAAGCAAUUAUUCAAGAAGCUGGAAUCAAAAAUUAUGGAGCUCAGAAAUUAUUCGAUGGCCGAACUGGCUUGCCUUUUUCCCAUGACAUUUACACUGGAUAUGUAUAUGUAAUUAAACUUAAUCACAUGGUAGCAGAUAAAUUCCAUGCUCGAAAUACCGGUCCCUACUCACUUAUUUAUCAACAACCAGUCAAAGGACGUUCCCAAGCUCAUGGAGCAGCCUUUAACGUUAACGAAAUAACGGGAUCCAAGUCAGAUGAUAUUUCUAAACGAAAUGCGUUGCAAAAUGCUCUAUUAUUUGCCGACCGCCAAAUUGACUUCCGCAGCAACCACAGUGAAUCUUUUAACCUUUUACUUCAACAUCUACGUGGUAUCGGAUUUAACCUCCAAGCCUUUGAUUAUCAAGUAAUCAAUAUUCGCACUCUCAAACCAGAGCCGGGGGGUCUUUUUGAUCCCCGAAUAUUCGGCCCCUUCCUUAACUACGAAUGUUUUUGUGGCAAAUAUAAAGUGCCGGUAGUUAAUAUUGCUCUCUUCAAGGUUUUAGCCACUAAUUUAAGUAAAUUAUUGGGCAUUCCCACUAAAAAAUUAGAAGAUGUUAUUUAUCUCCGAACCUACGUAGUGGUUGACAAUGGUUUAACUAACUUAUUGGAAAAAAAAAGUAUUUUGGAAAAGAAGUUGGAUUUGCAUUUGAUUAACGACAUUUUACAAGAAAUCAUUCAAGAUGAAAAAACAAGCAAAGAAGUCAUUGCCCAAGCCAAAGAAUUAAGCCAGAAUCUAGAUGGAAAAAAGGAAAAAAAUGAAGAGUAUUACAAAAUCUUAGAAGUAAAAAAAGGAAAAACUCCUGCUGGAACUGAAAAGGAAGUCCUAGAAAUGACUCAAAAAAUUAGUGAGGCUUAUAAGAUUUUAAGUGACAAGAAAAGAAAGGAAAAUUCUAAUGAUUCUGAAGCAAACAAAAUCUUUUUAGAAGAUUAUUUAGAUUUUUUAGAAAAGCAUCGUGGCAUAAAAAUUUGGACUGGGGCAGAGGCACUUCGAGAAUUAUUAAUGGGAAUUAAUAUCAAGGAAGAAUUAGCCAAAGUUAAGGAAGCGGUCAAGGAAGUACCCCAAAAGACUAACCAAGAAAAGUUAAAAUUCCUACAUGGUUCAAAUUAUAAAAAAAAUGAAAUCAAGAGUUUACUGCAAAGUUUAAGUGGUAAGGAAGGAAUCCUCCGUCGUUAUUCUUUAGGAAAAAGGGUUGACUACUCGGCUCGUUCGGUAAUUGUUCCUAACCCCAAUCUACUUAUAGAUCAGAUUGGAUUACCAGUUAAAAUGGCCUUAACCCUCUAUAAACCUUUUAUUAUCCAAAAAAUAUUAAAAGAAAAAGUGGUUUUCACCGUUAAAGAGGCGGAACAACUAUUUUAUCAAAAAGACCCCGUUGUUUUCCCAAUACUUAACGAAAUUAUUAAAGGACAUCCAGUUUUAGCGAACCGUGCUCCUAGUUUACACCGCCUGAGCAUUCAAGGAUUUUAUCCACAAUUGACCUUAGGUAAUUCGAUCGAACUUCAUCCUUUAAUAACUACCGCUAUGAAUGCCGACUUUGAUGGAGACCAAAUCGCUAUUCAUUUGCCAAUGACUACUAAAACUUGUGAGGAAGUUAAAGAACUCAUUCUUUCUACCCACCACAUUAUUGACCCUAAAAAUGGUCAUUUGAUAACUAUUCCUAGUCAAGACAUGAUUUUAGGUAUUUAUUAUUUAACUAGAGAGGUUAAAAAUAAAAAAGUAAUUUUUUACAACGAAAUAGGAAAUAUUUGGAAGAGCCACGAAAAAGGUAAAAUAGGACUCCAUGAUUUAGUGGCCAUUCCCGCCACCUUGGUGGAUCGGAACUUUUCCACUUCUCAAAACCAAUUUCUCUUUACUACGCUAGGGAAAAUAGUUUUUAAUCAAAUUUUACCCGCUAGUUUCCCUUACCAUAUCAAUGACUUAAAAAAAUACAACACCGAAAGUAGUCAAAAUGAUGAUUUGUUCAAGAUAGACCAAAUUGCUAAAAAUAUUCCACCUUUUGAAUUAGAAGGAAUUAUCUCUAACAAAGAAAAAAUUCUAACCGAGGCUUACCAAAAAGAAAACCAAAUCACCAAACACUUUUCCCAAGAUUCUGGAGCUCGGGCUAGUGAUGAAAGUUUGACCCAAAUCUUCGGGAUGCGUGAAGGAUUAACCCCUUUUGAAUUCUUUAUCUCAGUUUAUGGAGCGGUGAAGGGAAUGAUUGAUAUUGCCUUGAAAACUGCCGAAGCUGGUUAUCUAACUCGGCGUUUAGUGGAAUCCACCCAAAACUUGGCGAUAAUUUCCCCCGAUUGUGGAAUAAACACUGGUAUGCUUUUUGUGGAAAGUGGUUUACCACUUAGCAAAAGAGUUUACGGUCGUUACUUAGCCCAAGAUAUAUCCGAUAAGGAAGAAAAAACUAUUUUAACUCGCAAUACUCUCCUACUGGAAAAGGAAAUGAAAAUUAUUCAAGCAAAAGGAAUUACGGAAAAAUGCUAUGGCUUAGAUUUAAGUAAACCGGGAGAGGCAAUUGCCUUGGGAACUGCGGUGGGAGUAAUUGCGGCUCAAUCCUUAGGAGAACCAGGAACUCAGUUGACUAUGCGAACUUUCCACAGUGGAGGAAUUGCUGGGGAUGAAGACAUUACCCAAGGUCUACCAAAAGUCAAACAAAUUUUUGAUAACAUUAAACCUGACAAGGAAGAAAAAACUAUUUUGGCGAAGGACGAUGGAAAGAUAAUUAGUAUUGAAGAAAAAAUAAUUAAGCAAAAAAACGACCAGGGGAAAGAAAUUAUUUAUCCGCUCGGUAAGAAAAAGAAGGCUCGAGUCAACCAAGGAGAUCUAGUAAAAAAGGGCGAAAGACUUACGGGUGGAAAAGUAGACUUGGAAGAAUUCCUUGAAGUUAUGGGACGAAAUAGUUGUCAGGAAUAUAUUAAAGAGGAAGUCAGAAAAGUAUAUGAAAACCAAGGGAUAGAGGUUAAUGAAAAACAUAUUGAAAUUUUUGCUCGCCAAAUGCUCUCCAAGGUAGAAAUAACCAAUAGUGGAGAUAGCAAUUAUUUAGUGGGCGAUUUAGCAAAUUAUCACGAAUUAGAAAAAAAUAAUCAAAAACUAUUAGUCAACAAAAAACAGCCAGCUUCUUUUAAAAAUAUCAUUUCUAGCCUGAAAGAUUUAGCAUCUCACCCAGAUUCUUUCUUAGCUGGAAUUUCUUUCCAAAACACCUUAAAGAGUUUAGUUAAUUAUUCUUUAUAUCAACCAGUUGAUUACUUACGAGGAUGCAAAGAAAACUUAAUUGCUGGUCAAUUAAUACCAGUUGGAACCGGUUUUAAAGAACGAGAAAAAUUUCAACGAAAAAGCACUCGGGAAACAUAA